AUGUGGCAGCACAGGCAGUUCUUAGGGACCCUAUUGUGGUGCAUACUGCAGAUCCCAUCAGUCAAGGAAGUUCAACUGGUGGGGUCCAGAAAAAGAGCCUUCUUAGCCGUGGCUCCUACUCUUUGGAACACGUCACCCCCUGAGGUGAUGAAAUUUGAUGAAACAGCUCUGCUCAAAUACAAUAUCCAAAAUAUAUUUUUAUUUGUCCUAGUCUCAACAUCUGAAGUCCAUACCUCCCGGGCUGUUGGACAGCUAUCAGCAGGUAUAAAACAUGGAGAAAUAGCAAUCAUUCACUGCCCUUAUUGCCACAAUGCAAUUAUUACUCCACACAUAAUCUUUCCCUUGUUUGCUGAUGGCAUCUGUGGCAUAACACCGAAAGCAGGAUCAGUUGUUGCUGGUGUGUACAUGAUCUUAAUGACCAAUAUGUAUCUUAUCUUUGAGUUUCGACACCUAAGCCUUGCAUUAGCUGAAUUGGCAAGUAUUAAAAUGAAAGGCUUAAUCUGGAUUAUUCCAUUUUGCUAUUACAUAGCAAUAGGUUUGGCUUUUAUAACCUAUCCUAUAUGUUUCUAUUAUUUAUAUUGUAUCUAUAAGAGAAAAAUUGUAGGUCUUUAUGUAUACUUUGCUUGGAUAAUCUUUUAUGAUACAGCCAACAUAGUCAUUUUAGUCUUGACUAGCCAUAUUUCAGAGCUAUCCACAUUUUCGAUCAGUCCUUUAGAAUGGUUUGGAUUGGCCAGUAGGAUUCCUGUGGACUGUUUUUGGCUUUGUUUUGUUAUAACAUAUGUUAUGUUGCUUGUUGAAGGAAGACGUGUAGGGAGGAUGUCAAUGAGGCAAAGGCGGACAUCGAGAUAUAUUACUGAACCUCCUAAGUUUAGAUUGGGUGCAGCUGCCAAGAGAAUUCAGUUGUAG